ACGCGCCAGAGGAGCGGGGUGGGAAAGAGCCCGGACUCCCAGCCGCGUCCCGGAUGCGGACUGUCAACUUCCAGCAACUUUAAGAUCUCCUCGGGUCCCCCAGCCAAGAUGCCUCGCCCGGGCAGAAACACUUACAGCGAUCAGAAGCCGCCCUACUCCUACAUCUCCCUGACCGCCAUGGCGAUCCAGAGCUCCCCGGAGAAGAUGCUGCCCCUGAGCGAGAUCUACAAGUUCAUUAUGGACCGCUUCCCCUACUACCGGGAGAACACUCAGCGCUGGCAGAACUCCCUCCGGCACAACCUCUCCUUCAACGACUGCUUCAUCAAGAUCCCGCGCCGCCCCGACCAGCCGGGCAAGGGCAGCUUCUGGGCGCUGCACCCCAGCUGCGGGGACAUGUUCGAGAACGGCAGCUUCCUGCGCCGCCGCAAGCGCUUCAAGGUGCUCAAGUCGGACCACCUGGCCCCCAGCAAGCCGGCCGACGCCGCGCAGUACCUGCAGCAGCAGGCGAAGCUGCGGCUCAGCGCCCUGGCCAGCGGCACCCACCUGCCCCAGAUGUCCACGUACAACCUCGGCGUGUCCCAGCCCUCCAGCUUCAAGCACCCCUUCGCCAUCGAGAACAUCAUCGCCAGAGAGUACAAGAUGCCCGGCGGCCUCGCCUUUUCCACCAUGCAGCCCAUGCCCGCCGCCUACCCCCUCCCCAACCAGUUGACUACGGUGGGCAGCUCCAUCGGCACGGGCUGGCCUCACAUGUACGGCUCCGGCAUGAUCGACACCGCCACCCCCAUCUCCAUGGCCAGCGGCGAGUACGGCGCCUACGGCGUGCCCAUUAAGCCGCUCUGCCAUGGGGGGCAGACUUUGCCGGCCAUCCCCGUCCCCAUCAAGCCUACCCCCGCCGCGGUGCCGGCCCUGCCCGCGCUGCCCGCGCCCAUCCCCACCAUCCUCUCGAACUCGCCGCCCUCCCUCAGCCCCACGUCCUCGCAGACGGCCACCAGCCAGAGCAGCCCGGCCACCCCCAGCGAGACUCUGACCAGCCCGGCGCCCGCCCUGCACUCGGUGGCCGUGCACUGA